AUGAUUACAGAUGAUACAAGAUUGCGGAUAUUGCGACUUGUAAGAGAAGUAUUCGAGAUUCUGGGAGAAGAGUGGUUCUCUCCCAACUUGUCAUUGUUACUGCUGUUAGUACAUAUUGCAGUUGUGCAAGUGCGGAUGUGCCUCGACAAGCCUGACAAUAUAAAUUCGCAAAGUCUUGCUAUCUGCUACCAUAUAAUUGAGAUGGCUAUCCGUUGCGUAGAAGAAUCAUCUCUCUUGGACGAUUCUAUGGCUACUCGUUUGGCAACUGUUGUUCGCGAGGUGGCAUUCUAUUCGAUUGAAUACUGGGUAGAGGCGAAACAACAAGGUGAACAUCUGGAUGAUAAUGUGGAGCUCGUCUUGUACCGCUUUGUUUCGUGUCUUCUGGCCGUUGAUGGUGCUGAGAUGUUACCAGCUUCCCUCAUGGAACAGUGCUCAUCACUGCUUCUCGAUGUCUUCCAGAGAGAAAUAGCGAACGGCAAUCAUUCGGUUGCGCACUUGCUUUUACCUAAUCUCCAUGUUUUGCCCAAAUUGUCUGAGAAUGUGAUACUUUCACUUGUCGAACUUUUGAUUUCACGGUAUGCUGAUAGCCACUGGAAAGAUACCGAGGAUGAGGUUGCUUUGCCCUUGAAAGCCUGGACCUUGGCAAACGCACGAUUAAAGCUUGAGCAGACUAUACCAGAUUGUGAGCUUUCUAAACUCCUUGCAAAGUUAAUGAUCAUUCUGUCUGAGACAAACGAGCCAACCGAAGGUGUGCGACUGUCACAGCCACAGGUUGUUGCGUAUCUGGACGGAGAAUGCGCUGGUGAAGGACGGCUCUGCGUUGCAGAAAGUCAAGUGACAUGGAUAUGUCGCUCAUCUGGUUUGGGAUUCUCUUUGACCUAUCCAUCAAUUAUUCUUCAUGCCAUAUCAACUGAUCUCAGUACAUUUCCACAUGAGUGUAUAUACGUACUUGUUGAUGCAUCGAAAAGCGACCUGAAACUUGCUGAGGAAGAGCUAAAUCGCGACGAUGAUGCGUCCGAAGAUGAUGAGGAUGAAGGGAAAAAUGUUGUUAUACGAUUUGUUCCCUCUGAUCUUAAGUUGCAACAAGUAUAUACCGAGAUGUGCAAUUGUCAAGAGUUGAACCCUGACGAAAAUGACGACUUUUCAGACGAAGACGCUGAUGGAGAAAUGAUAGUAGGUGAAAGUGGUGAUUCCAUGAUUAAUGAAGAUGGAUGGUACACAGCUGAGAAUAUUGGAGAUGGUGAGCAUGUGGAACUCAGUGAAGAAGGACGAGCGAAUUUAAAUCGUAUUUUGAAUCGCUCUCGUAAUGGCUGCGGAGAUCACGAGGAUACCGAUGAAAAUGGAAUGGAUGAGCAGUAA